AUGUUCCUUUCCAAACAUCAGAAAUUGAUCUUACAAUGUUAUCCUCCGGGUAAAGGUAUUGAAAAGAAACCCAAUUCUUCGGAAUUAUCUUAUUUACUAUAUUAUGCUUCCACUCGUAGAGUUAAAUUGGAGAAAGUUAUUAAAUUUUUAUAUAAAAAGACUGUUGGUGAUGCUAAUAGGAAUAAAUUCGGAAACCUUGAAGUGACAUUAAUCAUUGUUUCGUCAUUGAUCGAAAAAUGUACUGAUAACUUGAACGUGUUCGCUGAUGAAGCAUUAUCAAUUAUGAAUUUAUGUUUGAAAAAUAACGAUUUAAGUUUAGCAAAGACAGUUUUAAAUACUUAUGGAACUUUGUGUAAGAAUUUGAAUAGUGAUUUGUUUGUUGGAGAUAAAGAAUUUGUUAAGAAUUUUUCGAAUUUUUCAAAUAAGUUAUUUGACUUUGGUACUAAUAAUCUGAAAACUCCAAGUCCAAAUCAAUUAGAAUGGAAAAUGAUUUCUUUAAUAAGUUGUAGGUACAUUUCCCAUUGUAUAUCUUAUGAUAGUGAAUUAUGCAGAAGAUUCUUAUCCCGAGCUAUUCCAUUAUUGAUUGAAACUUAUCAUGAAUAUCAACCCAAUGAUAAAGAAAUCAGUCAUAUCAGAACUAAUAGUGCUGUUAAUGGCGAUGAAGAAGCCAUUAAACUUACAAAAGUAUCCCUGGCCAAAACUGCCAUUGCUCAUCAAAAAGCUGAUGAAGAUUUUGAAAACGAUAUUGUUGAUAAGCAAGAUGUUCAUGAAGAAACAGUAUCAUGUUUGAAAGCUUACUUCAAUACCAGUUUGAUCAGUCAAAUUUCAGAAGCUACAAUGCAAGUGGUUAAAUAUAAUUAUAAUCACCCAAAAAGUGGUAUCGAUUGGUCAAAUAAAUUCUUACAAUUAUGUACUUCAUGGAUACCAGUUCAAUUAAGGUUCGUAGUUUUGACCACUUUAGUAGGAAAUUUAAAGAAUUUAUCUUCGGAUAAAUCUCAGAUCGAUUAUCAAAAACAUGUAGCUAAAUUUGUUCUAGGCCUUGUAUCGUCAAAUGUUAAUAUGAUCGGGUUAUCUAUUUCAGAUUUUAUUCAAAACAUUUUGGACUUACAACAUUAUUUGUAUACUAAACAAUUUGAUUCUUUAUCAUCAGACAAUUUAAAUGAAUUAUCAAACAUUUAUUCCAAUGCCAUUGUUAAGUUAUCAACACAUAUCUAUUAUUUUGAUCAAGUUCCUGAUUCAAUAAAUGAAAUUUUCAUCAAGAUCGAUUCAACUUUACAGUCUGAAGAUUCUUCACCUUCAGCAAAUUUAUUCAAAUUUAUUUCCACCUUAUUGAACGAUGUUUCAGGAAUAUUCCAAGAUUUAAGAAAUAAACCAAGUUCUAUCAACAGAAAUCAUGUUGGUUUACAUCAUUGGGAAAUCAGUUUACCGUUAAUUGCCCAAAAGAAAUUAACCAACUUAUAUAAAAAAUUAUCACAAGAAGAAGUUGAUUCCAUUCAAUCUAAAUAUUUGGAAUUAUUUGAAUUUUUCCUUGAUUAUGAAUUAGAAGAUGACAACGAAGAUAUCAAUGAAAUCAAAGGUAGUGAGAAUAUAAAAUCAAACAGUAGUAUUAAUGCUAGUGCUUCCAGCUUGAAAGGUGAUCCUAUCGACAAAGAUAAUUUGUUGAACGCUAAUUAUGAUAAUUUAAUAACUAAUCAAAACAACUUCAUUUCCAAUUAUUUGGUGUUUUUGGAUAAAUACUUAACUAAUAAUGAAAGUAUAAAUUUCCAAAUAACUGAAAAAUUAUUGAUCAUAUCAAGAUUAUUGAUUGAUAAGUUCGGUAUUAACUUUUUAAGUAAUUUCACCCCAUUCUAUUUCCAUUGGCAAUUACAAAAUAUUGAUGGUCCAUCAAAAGACACAGUUUUAAGAGAUACUUUUAAUGAUACUUGUUUGAAGAACAUUUUAGAUUCUUUAGAUUCUCAAUAUCCCGAAUUAUCAGAACAUAUGUCUAAGUGUCCAUUGGUUGAUAAAUUAAGUUAUAAUAUCGAUUAUAAGAUAUCUAAUGGAAUUUGGUCAACGGAAUUAUCACCAAUUGAAAAAUUGAACAGAGAUUCAAAUAUCAACAUUAUUGAAAAGAAAGAUUUCCAAGAAUUUGUUUCUGGUCAUAAAUUAUUAUCUACAUGGGUAAAUGUUGAUAAACCUUUGGUAUUGAGUGUAGUACCAGAUGAUUUAAGUAAAGAAUUAGCAUCCGAAUUACCCCAUGUCAACGGUAAUGGUACAUCCAAUGGUUAUAGUAAUGGGAUUUCAAAUGGCCAUCAUGAAAGUAAUGGCUCAAUUAAUGGAGAUCAUCUAACAGAAAAUUCCUCAAAAGGAAUUGAAGAUUAUAAACCAACUUUAGGUUUAGGUAAUACCGCAGAUAUCAUAUCAAUUCAUUCCGGUUUAAGAAAUACUUCCAAUGGUAUACAUCAUAGUAAUACCAUCAAUUCCAUAAAUAAUAAUUUGGGUGUUGGUCCUAAUAGUAGUUAUAAUACCACCAAUAGUUGGACAGAAUAUAAUGGUUCAGUAUAUACUGACAACAAAAGUAAACAUUUGAAAGUAAGUGAAUUGAAAGAGAUGCUUAGCGAUCAUAAUUUGAAACCCCCAACGAUAGGAGACAAUCAAGUAACUCCGGGUUCAGUUCUUUCUAAACAAAUGGUUACUCAUGAUAUGGGUUCGAUUCUCGAUGACUUAGAUAGUGGAGAUGAUGAAUCUAUAAUAGUUUAG